ACCAGAAAUUUACCUCAGUGUUUCUACGUUUCCAGGAAGUCCCACAAGUGAGCCCCGAUCUCACCACGCGAAGCCUAUGGAGUGUGGUAGAGAGGAACCGGCACAAGAGGCAAGUGGACAACGUCAUUUCACCGACGACCGAACUAGAGCGGCAGCUGUAGCGCAGAGACCGGAGUGGCUUUGCCGGAGGCAGGUGCUGAAGCGAUUACAGCAGGAAAGAUGGCGGACGACCCUAACGCAGCGGACAGAAACGUGGAGAUAUGGAAAAUCAAGAAGUUGAUUAAAAGUUUGGAAGCUGCCCGAGGUAAUGGAACCAGUAUGAUCUCGCUGAUCAUUCCCCCUAAGGACCAGAUCUCCAGAGUGGCCAAGAUGUUGGCUGAUGAGUUUGGGACAGCCUCCAAUAUCAAGAGCAGAGUCAACAGGCUCUCUGUGCUCGGGGCUAUUACCUCUGUACAGCAGAGACUAAAGCUAUACAAUAAGGUGCCCCCUAACGGCCUGGUGGUGUACUGUGGGACCAUUGUGACAGACGAGGGCAAAGAGAAGAAAGUCAACAUAGACUUUGAGCCUUUUAAACCCAUCAACACCUCUCUGUACCUCUGUGACAACAAGUUCCACACUGAGGCACUGACGGCCCUGCUGUCUGAUGACAGUAAGUUUGGUUUCAUAGUGAUCGAUGGUAGCGGGGCUCUCUUCGGGACACUCCAGGGGAACACCAGAGAGGUUCUGCACAAGUUCACAGUGGACCUGCCCAAAAAACACGGCAGAGGAGGUCAGUCUGCUCUGCGGUUUGCCCGUCUGAGGAUGGAGAAGAGGCAUAACUAUGUGAGGAAGGUGGCUGAGACAGCUGUCCAGCUCUAUGUGUCCAACGACAAGGUCAACGUUGCUGGAAUGGUCCUAGCAGGGUCUGCCGACUUCAAGACUGAGCUCAGCCAGUCCGACAUGUUUGACCCUAGGUUACAGGCGAAGAUUCUGAAGCUGGUGGACAUCUCGUACGGAGGAGAGAAUGGCUUCAACCAGGCCAUCGAACUGUCGGCAGAGGUCCUCUCCAACGUCAAGUUCAUCCAGGAAAAGAAGCUCAUAGGGCGGUACUUUGAUGAGAUAAGUCAGGACACGGGGAAGUAUUGUUUUGGGGUGGAGGACACACUCAAAGCCCUGGAAAUGGGAGCUGUGGAGAUCCUCAUCGUCUAUGAGAACCUGGACACCAUGCGUUACAUCCUUCGCCUGCACGGGGCCGAGAGCAUCGGAACAGAGAACGAUGAGAAGACUCUGUAUUUAACACCAGAGCAGGAGAAAGACAAGUCCCACUUCACAGACAAGGAGACUGGGCAGGACCACGAGCUGAUUGAGAGCAUGCCUCUGCUGGAGUGGUUCGCCAACAACUACAAGAAGUUUGGAGCCACGCUGGAGAUCGUCACAGACAAGAGUCAAGAAGGCUCCCAGUUUGUCAAGGGCUUUGGAGGCAUCGGGGGAUGCUUGCGGUACAGGGUGGAUUUCCAGGCCAUAGAUUACCAGGCAGAGGACGAUGAGUUUUUCGAUUUAGAUGACUACUAGGUAGUAGGGGAGAAAGAGGGGGAAAAAACCUGCAAGAAUGAAUGAAGAAAUAAGGAAAGAAAAAUGACUUAUCUUUUGCAGGAAGUGAGAGGGGACAGACAUAUAGACAGACAUACAUUACAUUCAAUUUUAAAUGCAUAUACACACACUUCCACUAACGCUCACACAGGCUGAAGAGUGAAAUUUUAUUUCAAUCCAUAGAGGGACACAACCCUUCCUGAAUGAAUCCCUGCCUUAGAGUGCUGGUUCCUUCCCCUGGUUGGAUUGGACUUAACUCAAAUAUUUUUUGUUCGUAGAUUUUUUUCCCCCCUCCAUUUUGAAUGAACACAACAGCAAGUUCCCAGCAAUCCUCACUCGCUGCCACCCACCAUCCCCCUGGUCUGAUUAAGACGGUCUGAUGAAGACUCUGGACUCACUCCUCGCAUAUAGAAAAAAUAGAUUAUUUCUUCCCCUCAUCCUGUCCUUGCCCUCCCUCCUUCCCCCCCUUCAAUGCGUAAAAAAAAUGCAUUUCAUUUUUUUAUUGGUUCCUGCUGUUGUAAUUUUAUGAGAGCGGGGAAUUUUUUUUUUUUUUUACCUGGAUUUCUGUAGCAAAGGGGAGGGGGUAUUAAAUUUGAACUGCUCAAAACCA